GGAAUGGACGCGGCAAAAGGAGGGAAGAGAACUUUAGGUGCGGAGUGAAAACGGGAGUUAACGGUUUUGGGAAACUCCAGGGGAAUGAAAGUGGAAUGGAUGUUCUUUAGUCUUUAGAAGACCCCUAAUGAAUGCCCAGCUGGGCACUUGUUGUUUGCGUAAGCACCAGACCUCGCGUUUAGUAAACAAAGGUGAGACGGGAAUAGGGUCGUCCAGUUGUUUCAGGAAGCAGAGUCUAUGCUGCUUUUGUAUUUUUUCCUUAGCCACUGUGGUGCAGAACCUCAUCUUCAGAUACUUACAAAAUAGAUCGCGGAUUCAGGUGUGGCUCUAUGAGCAAGUGAAUAUGCGGAUAGAAGGCUGUAUCAUUGGUUUUGAUGAGUAUAUGAACCUUGUAUUAGAUGAUGCAGAAGAGAUUCAUUCUAAAACAAAGUCAAGAAAACAACUGGGUCGGAUCAUGCUAAAAGGAGAUAAUAUUACUCUGCUACAAAGUGUCUCCAACUAGAAAUGAUCAAUGAAGUGAGAAAUUGUUGAGAAGGAUACAGUUUGUUUUUAGAUGUCCUUUGUCCAGUGUGAACAUUUAUUCAUAUUGUUUUGAUUACCCUUGUGUUACUACAAGAUGGCAAUAAAUACUAUGGGAUUGUUUGUAUUAAAAAA